AUGAGCGGAAUAGAGAGAGAGCAACCAUUAUCAAAUCCAGAGAAUGCGGAAUUAGAUGCAAACGCACCAUCGACGCCUCAAAACGAUUUUGACAGCUCGGUGCUAGUGCAACCAGUUGUUCAUCAUGAUAUUGAAAAUCAACCAGGCGAGGAACCCAAGGGAUUCAAAGAAUCAGAUGCUGGUGAUGGUACCAAAAAGGAAGACCAUUACUUACAUGGAGUACAAUUGAUCUUGUGUUUUUUAUCAUUGUUUUUAUGUUUAUUCCUUUUCGCAUUAGAUCAAACUAUUAUCGUUACAAUUUUAACUACAGUAGGAACAAAAUUCGAUGCCUUUUCCAAAGUUGGUUGGCUUUCUAGUGGGUUUUUAUUAACCAUGGCUGUUUUCAUUCAAACGUUUGGUAAAUUGUCAAUUAUUAUUGGCCGUAAGUGGGCAAUGGUGAUUGCUAUUAUUUUAUUUGAAGCGGGGUCGUUAAUGUGUGCAUUGGCCAACGACAUGAAUGUUUUGAUUGGUGGAAGAGUAUUGGCUGGUAUUGGAGGAUCAGGUAUAAAUAGUCUGGUUUUUGUUAUUGGGUCCGAAGUUGUCCCAAUCACCAAACGUCCAUUGGCAUUAAGUAUAUUUUCAGUGACAUUUGCAAUUGCCUCUGUGGUAGGUCCGCUUAUUGGUGGGGCCUUCACAUCUAAAGUCACUUGGAGAUGGGCUUUUUACAUUAAUUUACCAAUUGGUGGGUUUGCAAUGUUGGUGUUUUUGUAUGCUUUCCGUCCACCAAGACCAAAGGUGAAUGUGAAACAACAGUUAAAACAAUUUGAUUAUUUCGGAACAUUCUUGUUAAUUUCUGGCUGUGUCAUAUUAUUAUUGGCUAUAACAUUUGGUACAUCAGAUUUCCCUUGGGACUCAGCAGCAGUUAUUUCCUGUUUUGUUUUGGGUCCCAUCUUACUUAUCGCAUUUGUUAUAUGGAAUUUUUGGUUUUCCAAGAACCAAGUAAUCAGUACAGAAAUUGUUAAGGUCCCACAAAUUGUUGCCUCCACCCUUGCAAUCUCUGGUAUAUUCUCCUCAUUUAUUAUGGUGAUGAUUUAUGGAGCAAUUUAUUUUCAAGUUAUCAAAGAUGCAUCUCCCCUUGGUGCUGGUCUUCAUUUAUUGCCAACAAUUAUAGCGGUUGUUCUUUCAUCGAUGUUCUCGGGUUUAUUGGUACAAAAGUUUAAAUUUGUCAAGCCCUAUAAUGUUCUUUCAGGAAUAUUAGGACCAAUAGGUUGUGGGUUACUCACCUUAUUGCAAGUCGAUUCAAACUUUUCACAACAAGUUGGGUUGUUGAUUAUUCUUGGGGUACUGGCUGGUUUACAAAUGCAACCAUCGUUUUUAUCAGCUCAAAUUAAGGCACCAAAAAGCCCCUCGGGAAUGAUUAUGACAACAACUUUCCUUAAUUUUUCAAGAUCAAUUUUAUCGGCUUUUGGAGCUGUGUUGGCCGAUGCAGUUUAUACAACCUCCCUAAAAAACAUCUAUACAAAAGCCAUUAAAAAAGUUACGAAUCCAGUCAUUUUACAAGAUUUACAGAAAUAUGAUUUAAGUGAAUUGACAUCUUCAACAUCCUUAUUAAAAUCAUUACACCCCGAGACUGAACAUUUCGUUAAACUACAAAUUAUGGACGCUAUAAGAAACGUUUUUUAUAUGGCUAUUGGGUUUUCAGUUAUUACAUUUUUUGCAGCAUUCUUUGUUACCAAUGAAAAAUUGCCAAAAAAUGUUGAGAAACCCGAAGAACAAUCUACAGUAAAGGAAACAAAAGAAAGUGAUUCAUCAGUUUCAGAUGCAUCACAAACUAAAGAAAUUGAGGAAGAUGACGCGAUAAACGAAGAGCCCGUGAGAAUUUAA